GGGACCUUUACGUCAUGCUUAUGUGAGGGGGAAACAAUAUCCACCGCAGAGGCUUCUCCGAUUGGCCGAAUGAAUCCGAAACUUGCGAUCCAAUGGAGCGGCGCGCCGAGCGGCAGCGACGCUCCUCCGGUGAAGCGCGCUCCAAUCGCACAGGAGGAACGGCGCACUCUCAUUUGCACAGCCACGUUAUAAAUACGGGACCGACGCCGGGGUGGUGUCUGGAGCUGUGUUCCUUCAUCGCUGUCCGUCUUACACGCGCACGAAAGAGGGGGAAAAAAAAAAUGCCCGAUCCUUCAAAAUCAGCCCCUGCGCCCAAGAAGGGCUCUAAAAAGGCCGUGACCAAAACCCAGAAGAAAGGAGUCAAGAAGCGUCGCAAGAGCAGGAAGGAAAGCUACGCCAUCUACGUGUACAAGGUUCUGAAGCAGGUGCACCCGGACACGGGGAUCUCCUCCAAGGCCAUGGGCAUCAUGAACUCGUUUGUCAACGACAUCUUCGAGCGCAUCUCCGGGGAGGCAUCGCGCCUGACGCACUACAACAAGCGCUCCACCAUCACCUCCCGGGAGAUCCAGACCGCCGUGCGCCUGCUGCUGCCCGGGGAGCUGGCCAAACACGCGGUGUCCGAGGGCACCAAGGCCGUGACCAAGUACACCAGCUCCAAAUAGAGGCGGGCAGAGUCCGGUUUACUUUGCCAAACUCUCCGUUUGUGAUUUUUUUUUUUUUUUGCUCCACCGCCGGUGUGUGAGCAGAGCGAGCCCUCCAGCCGAGGCCUCACGCUGAAUCUCUUGUGAUUCUUUGGAACUGUAUACUGCCAUUUAACUCAAUGUUUGGAUAUUUUCCCGAUGUGUAACGUUUUUAAACUAAAGAUUUAAUAAAUGAAGAACGAGUGUAAGUCGGUG